GCCUUCAGAGCAGUGGUCAGAGCAGUGGACUUCACCCUUCAGCACGCAUCACCUGGCGGGCUUAUUCACACAUUGCGGGCUCCACAGAUGCAGUGGGUCUACAAUGGGGCCUGAGGACUGGUAUUUCUAAGAAGUGCUGCUGAUGUUGGCCGGCUGCCCGCCCUCCAGACGGUCCGCCACGGCUCCAAGGCUGUGACCCGCCACUGGCGCGUGAUGCACUUUGAGCGGCAGAAGCUGAUGGCUGUGACGAAGUAUAUCCCCCCGAAACCCGCGAUCAAUCCGAGGUGCGUGACACCUCCUCCCAAGCGCGUCCAGGAGGAGACAGGCCUCAUCCGGCUCCUCCGUCGGGAGGUAGCAGCAGUUUUCCAAAACAACCGAAUGAUAGCCGUCUGCCAGAAUGUGCCUCUGGGUGCGGAGGACAAGCUGUUUAUGCAACACCGGCUGCGGAAACACAAUAUCUUGGUGAAGGCCUUCCCUAACCAGCUGAUGUGGCCUGUGACCCAGGUGGGCAGCUCUUCCUCCCACUCGUCCCCAAUGAACCCUUCUUUCCUGCGGUUCCAGAUCCUGAAGCCCUUCCUGGAGGAUUCCAAGUACCGAAACCUGCUGCCCCUUUUUGUGGGGCACAACCUGCUGCUGGUCAGCAAAGAGCCCAAAGUCAAGGAGAUGGUGCGAAUCUUGAAGGGUGUGCCCUUCCUGCCACUGUUAGGUGGCUGCAUUGAUGACACCAUCCUCAGCAGGCAAGGAUUCAUCAACUACUCCAAGCUUCCCAGCCUGGACCUGGUGCAGGGGGAGCUGGUAGGAGGGCUCACGCUCCUCACGGCCCAGACCCACGCCCUGCUUCAGCACCAGCCCCUCCACCUGACGGCCCUGUUGGAUCAGUACGUCAGACAGCAGCAUCAGGGGGACUCUGUCAAGCCAGCCACUGGGCAGCCCGGUCCUCCCGACUCUGUUCCGGACUCAUAGCCGGCCGGCCGUAAACACACCUGCCCCACCGGCCGUGCUGUCCUCGGGAAUGUGGGUGAACUCGGGGUGGGAGUGGCACGUGUUCCCUGGCUUCUACUGACGACGACCUCCUCCGAUGAAGGAUUUCAUUUCAGAAUGGAGGCUUUUAAUCACCGCCUUUGUCCUUCGUUUCUCCAACCUUCGACCUGAUAAGAGCAGAGUGUCAGCUCCAGGUUCAAGGCAGAGCGGCUGAGCAGAUGAGGAUACUGCCCUCUGCCUCCUGUUCACUGUCCCUUGGACAUGCCUCCCCAGCCUGACCCUCGCUGUCAGAGUAGCUCAGCUGAGUAAUUGUUCUAAGAAUGGGUUCUGUGGAGAGCCUGCUGUGCCAGGCUGCAUGCUAACCCUUUCUAGGUGUUAGUUCUAUUCCUGGGGCAGAGAAGUUACAGCGCCUGACCAAGGUCAUGCGGCUGGGAAGUGGCAGAACAGGACUUGAACCAGGCUCUGCUCUGAGACGUGCUCUGGAUUCUAGAGCUUCCUCUGAGGUCCCGGGUGGGCUUGGAUGUGAAUUCUCCGUCCGCGGGUGUGCCGUGUUGUGGAAAGGCUGGGAACACUGCUUUAUGACAAAAAUAAAUGCAUUUUCCUUA